CGAAUGAUUUUCUGGUCUGCUUUUAAGUUAACUUUGAGCCUUCGAAAGCUACGUUUAAAUUUUAAAACGCUGUGAGAAAAAAGCGUCCGCGAAUAAAAUGUUGUCAAUUAUAAUUAUUUAUAUUCUUAUUAUUGAUCGUUUUAAAAGUUUAAUGUUUUAAAUUGAAGUUUGCGAAUUGUAUUUCAAACAAUUCAAUAACACCAUGCAUCGUUAUGAUUGCUUUAAUGUGAAGUCUAAUUGAUCGCAGUUGGGUUUUCUUCGGGAAUUUCGGUGAGUCCAUUUAGUUCAGAAUAGGUAUGGGUUUGACAGACACGAGUUUUGAGCUACUUUUGACCCUCUGGCGAGUAGUGGUCUUCAGCAUCGCGGGGCCUUUCAGAUCGUCUGAGUUUGGCAUACAGUACCGUGCUGUCCCAUGCUGCUGCAGCAUCCCGAUCAUUGCACAGUAGCUGCUCCAGCAACACCGAGCAAGCGCGACACUAUGGCGUCCAGGAUAAUGAAAUCCCCUACUUUGGGGGAUGUCGACAUCGAACGCAGAGAAACCUGGUCCGGAAAAGUUGACUUCCUACUAUCCGUCAUCGGCUUUGCGGUUGACCUGGCCAACGUCUGGAGGUUUCCCUACUUAUGCUAUAAGAAUGGUGGUGGAGCAUUUUUAGUUCCAUACUGCAUCAUGCUUGUGGUUGGAGGCAUCCCUCUAUUCUACAUGGAACUCGCUUUGGGACAGUUCAAUCGCAAAGGAGCGAUUACUUGUUGGGGCCGCUUAGUACCACUUCUUAAAGGAAUCGGUUACGCGGUUGCCUUAAUAGCGUUUUACGUUGACUUUUAUUAUAAUGUAAUAAUCGCAUGGGCGCUUCGUUACUUCUUUGCAUCGUUUGCUGCCAUGUUGCCUUGGACGACCUGUGACAACCCGUGGAACACACCGAGAUGUCGCAGACUCGACAUCAAUGCUUCGUAUGUUGGUGAUUAUGCGAUGGCGGAUAACCAAUUCACUAGCAACGACUCGGGCGUUACUUUCGAAGGAAUCAAAAACACAACACUGAUAAAUCACUAUAGUAAUGAUACCCGAUACACCAGUGCCGCACAAGAAUAUUUCAAUCGGGCGAUAUUGGAACUUCAUGAAAGCGGCGGUCUACAUGAUCUUGGAGCUGUCAAGUGGGAUAUAGCCUUGUGCCUGUUGGUGGUGUACAUCAUAUGCUACUUUUCUUUGUGGAAAGGGAUUUCCACUUCAGGAAAGGUGGUGUGGUUUACUGCCCUUUUCCCAUACGCUGUCCUACUAAUACUGCUGGUGAGGGGAAUUACUCUACCUGGAAGUACAGAAGGAAUAAAAUACUAUUUGAGUCCGAAUUUCUCGGCAAUCACAAAAGCUGAAGUCUGGGUGGACGCAGCGACUCAAGUAUUCUUCUCACUUGGUCCGGGCUUUGGAGUCUUACUGGCGUACGCUAGUUACAACAAAUACCACAACAACGUUUAUAAGGACGCUUUGCUGACGAGUGUCAUUAACAGCGUUACAUCCUUCGUUGCUGGCUUCGUAAUAUUUUCCGUGCUUGGCUAUAUGGCCCAUGCCAGUGGAAGAUCUAUCCAGGAUGUUGCAACGGAAGGUCCUGGCCUAGUCUUCAUAGUAUAUCCAGCAGCCAUUGCUACAAUGCCAGGAUCGAUCUUCUGGGCUCUGAUAUUCUUUAUGAUGCUACUGACCCUGGGCUUGGAUAGUUCUUUUGGAGGUUCCGAAGCGAUAAUUACUGCUCUUAGUGAUGAAUUCCCGAUAAUCGGCAACCACAGAGAGAUAUUCGUUGCUUGUUUAUUCAGCCUCUACUUCCUUGUUGGUUUAGCCUCUUGUUCUCAGGGUGGUUUUUAUUUUUUUCACCUGCUUGAUCGGUACGCAGCAGGUUACUCCAUGCUGAUUGCUGUUCUAGCAGAGACAAUAGCCGUCAGCUGGAUUUACGGGACGGAUCGCUUCUGCGCUGAUAUUAAAGAUAUGAUUGGAUUUGCACCAGGAAUUUACUGGCGCGUCUGCUGGAAGUUCAUUGCGCCAAUUUUUCUUAUGUUCAUUAUCGUCUAUGGACUAAUGGGCUAUGAACCCUUAACCUACGAGGACUAUGUUUAUCCACUAUGGGCGAACGUCUUGGGCUGGUUAAUCGCUUGCUCGUCGAUAGUCAUGAUCCCUGCAGUUGGUGCUUACAAGCUUCUUACUACUCCAGGAACAUUUCGUGAGAGAAUGAAGAUACUCACAACGCCAUGGAAAGAUACGCAGCGGAAACAGUUGACCACGGCCACAACCAAUGGAUCGGUCCGACGAAGUUCUAACGGUCGUUUGUCCCAAGGAGAGCUACCAACGUCCAAUUCCAAUAGUCAAGCAGAUCUAACAAAAGAGCAGACCGAAGUCAUAAUUUCAUCCUGCAAAUCCUCCAAAGGGGAUCCGCCGCCACAACCCGUAUAGGACGAUAGCGUUGUCGUUUUCACCGGCUCUAAGUUCAAAGUGUACCUUUGUUAAGGUUAACGUACAGUCCGAUCAUCGAUCGAGAUAUAACUACCUAAAAACAAAGAAACAAGACCUAAAGUGCAAGGCAUCGGUCUCGAUUCGUGAAAUGCAAAUGAACUAUCGCGAAAUUAUCGAAAUUGGUGAUGUGAUCGGAGUUUUGGGUUUCAAACGGCUAUUCAAUGCUACUGUUGACCAUGUACCAAAAAUUGUACCUGUCUAUUUAAAAUGGAUAAAUGACUUUGUUUCAAGGUGUUCAUCAGUUCGAGAAACAUUGAAUUUUAAGAGAAGAUUUUUUUUCAAUAACGCAGCUAAAGCUGGCGACCACAAGUGGGGAUCCCUUGACAAUCGGUUAUUCACGCUAUGGCUUUUAUAUUCUGACUAAAAAAUAGUUUUCGCGGUUGAACAGGUUACAAAAGUCUUUAAAAGAUAACUGCAUAUUCAUAUGGCUCACGUCCAGAUAGAUUUGUUUGUCUUUCGAAUUUACGGUUUUUUAAGGAUAUUAUUUACGGUUUCAUUAUAUUAACUACAAAACAAGGAAUGAAGUAUAGUUUUUUGAAUUUCUCAGGUUCUAUUCAACAGUUUCUUAGGUGUAAAUUUUUAUAUUUUUUGCAGCAUCUACUUGGAAAGUUUGAUUCUCGAAGAUUGUGGAGCGUGCGUAAAUGAUCCUAUUCCUGAAAAAUAAGGAAAUAAAAAGUUUGAUGCAUGCGCUCGCUACAAAUUUUCUGCUUACCACGAUCCACUUACCAUUGAGCGCCGGUUGAAUGAAAAAAUCCCAAACUUUCCUAUGAAGUGCAUUAUAUUCAGAGUUGGCAAAAUCGGAGGUGCUGAGUUGUAAAGGUAAAUCGGAUUGGCCUGGACAACUUCAGAUCACUUUAUCUAUAGCCUAUGAGAAAUUCUGCAUGCAGCAUAUUAAACUUGAUUAUAUUUAACUCGAACGAUAAGUUUAUUCCGUUCACUUUCUUUUUAUGAUCUAUAUCACAAUGAAACUCAAUGCAAAUCCCAUAAAUGAAAAUGAAUUGCCAAAAGUGCUUGUAUCGAUCCUUUUUUAUUUUCGCGUUUUAUUUUAGCGUACAUGACCAAUAAAGUGAAUCUAUCAAUGGCAUACACAACGUUGAAUAGCCCCUUUGCAGUCGAGUGUGACGACAAAUGGCAUCAACAAUACAAUUUCAAACAGUUUUUCCUUAUUUGUGUACUAUUACACAGUCAAGUACAACAAUACCAGUAUUGCAAUUUUAUAUACAGAAUGAUAAUGCAGUUUCAUGCUUAAUACAGAACGCGUAUUUUUUACUUUAAUACUUCAUUGAUGGGAAAUUGGUCAUGGUCUUCAAUGGGGAACAGUUCCAUGACCGUAGGUACACACACAUAUGAAUUCUUUAGUUAUGUAUUCAUUCAUUUCAACCUUUAAUCUCGAAAGGCAGCAAAGUGACAAAUCAAUGACUUUGACUUAUAAUAGCAAAGAUACUUACAUACGUAAGUAUCUACCCGAUCCAUGAAUUUUUUAAUACACAAUAUGUAGGUAUAAUAUUGCCCGUGAUAGGGAAUCAAACACAACUUGAGGUCAUUCCGCCAUUCAUGUUAGCUUCGGUUUAGCAUUUUAAAAAUAGGUCUGUAAAAUAGUUACUCUUCAUUUCAUUUGGAACUGCUGCUUGUAAGGACGUUGUGUCUCCCAUUACAAUAUUCAAAUUUGGUAAACAUUUUUCGAAUCUAAAUUUCAAAAGACUUCAAAGUAUAUUGACAGUAAUAGUUGAACAAAAUUUUAUAAGCUCUUAUGCCUCAAGGCCGCUGAUUGACGAACUUGAUGAUAAUUAAUAUAAUGAAUAAGACUGUUCACUGUAGUCGUACGAGAUACCGCAUCAGGGACCUUUUACAUUCUAUUCAACUAUUGACUGAAAAACUAUUUAUGACGAACAUAUCUUUUAGUUUUUUUAAAUAUUCAGUUGACUUGGAAAAAACAGUGAUUCGAAAAUUCUAAAAAUCAAUGUUAGUCAAGUCAUGAACCAAGUGUGAUCGCAGUCACCAUUUUUUACGGGAAUGAAGAGUUGCACUUUUACGGUUCGUUUUUUAAUUUUUUGGAGCCAACUGAGGGAUAGGAAUGUUAUGUUUUCUUCAAGCUGUGUUGAAAGCCUACCAGGGGAUAUCAAAGUGUCAACCAAAUGAAUAAAUGGUAUUUUACAGUUAAAUUCCUUUUUCUGGUAACGAUAUUGUUUUGAACUUUUGAAAAUAAUAGUGUUCAAUUGCUAUUGUGCUUGUAUUGUCAUUGAAAAGAUUUCGAAAAACAAUAGUCAAAUGUACCAGAAUAUGGAAUUCAGAUAUCCUUAGUCUAUAACCUCAAAGCUACAUGCAUAUUACUAGUAUUUUUGGUUAUUUUUCGAAAUUUUCUUAAUGAACACAAGCACAAUUAUGAAUACUAUCAUUUACCAUAAUUCGAACCGAUUUAAUCACUCUGAAGAUAAAAACAGUGUAAAAUACGAUUUGCUCACUACCUCAGCACUUCGACAUUCUCUUCGUAUAUUCGGAGUUUUUUGUAAAAUUCAUAGCUCAGCGUUCGCAUAUAGACAACCGAAUCUCAAUUUGCCAUCUGUAUACCCAAUUCUAAAAAUUUGACUGAUAAAAACCCCAUCUGACUGACAGAGUCCUCGUCGACUAUAAAAAUCAAGUUACGUAAAGCUGAGUCUUUACAGACGUAGCGAUGCAGAUCGCAAGUGUAACUUCGGUUACCUAUCGGUUGGCUACUGGGCGGCGGAUUUCACAAAAAAUACCAAUAUAUACUUCGAGAACAAGAUAAGAGGGGAAUGGAAACAAGACAAGAGAACAUUACACGUACAUCCAAUGUCGAAACGCUUUCGAUAAAAUAUACUCAUUGAACACAAAUAGUAAGCCUGUGUGCCUGUCACCUUUCUAUAUCAACCUUGUAAACCUUCACGAAGCUCUAGCGAUAAUCGCGGGUUACGAGCAACCCCACUUGGGCACCCCAACUUGCGUCCAAAAACCAUACACGGACAGAGAUAGACUGCGCAGUCUGUGUAACGAGUUGAAACCAUAAUAAAGCCCAGGUCACACCAAAUGCGGUGUGCCGUGUGCCGUCAUACACAGAUUUGUACAUCAGCGGCCACGUAAGACCGCGCAAUUAAUCUCUAUUAGUCUAUGGCCAAAACACGCUUAUCAAUGUUCAUGGGGUCUCGGGUAUCGUUAGCGUUUGCUUCUGAUUGUGAGUAACCAAUCAUAGUACGCGCAUACAUGUGAGAUUUAGAGCCCGCUCCUUGAUCGACGUUCAGUCUUCAAAAAUGUUGACUUCAAUGCUGGAUCUCGCGUUAGUCGAUGCAUGCGCAUAAAGAAACUUCCGCCGUGCUUUCGUCUCUUUCACCAUUAUAAUAUGUGCAAUAUGAAAGGUCCACCAUCAAUACACCGUUUACGUUACUACUUAAUAUACCUAGAGAAUAUCUUGAAAGUUCACACUAGGUCACCGCUGAUUCGGCACGACUCAACUUCUUCGUCUGUUUCUCGCAGGCUGGCCAUCCCGUCUUUAAUUUUAAACUGUCAAAGGCAAUAAAAUGGUUGUAUCGACAACGACGACGAUUAUUUAUUGACAAGGAAUGCCCCAUAAAUAAAAUGAAAUCAUAAUCGUUGUCCUUUUUGUUUUGACAGUGAAUGCUCCAUAAGCGAAAUAACACAUCAAAGUCGUUAACGAAUGAAAAUCGUCGUCGUCGUCGAUGUAAUUAUUUUACGGCCUUUAACAGUUUAAAAUCAAAGAUGGGAUUAGCAGCCUGCGAGAAACAGACGAAGAACUUGAGUGGUGCCGAGUCGGCGGUGACCGAGUGCGAACUUAUAAGAAAUUCUCUCAGUAUAUAGCUUAGUUGAUCAAUUAACGCUUCCAGGCCAGCCAGCUGCAACUUCAACAUUGAUAUUAAUGUAAAUAAGUAGCAUAUCUGUGUAUUCGUCGACACUGUCAAUUACCAUUUCAGAAUAUGUGAUAUAGUCUACUGGUCUGAUAGUAAUAAUACGAAGUGGUACUGAGCGAUGUCGAAUCUGCAGUAGAAUAUUGCUUUCAUCAAGUACAACCGAUUUCUUCAGAAAAUACUGACAUUAUUUUUAUAUCUAACAAGACGACUUUCAGUUAGAACUGUUUUCUCUAAAAUCACAGGCACCAGUAUUCGAACACUUCUUGUUGUCGCACAGGAUAUUUUACAAUUAGUUGUAAUGUGCCGCCAAUACCAAACUCAUGAAGACUUCAUUGCGAUGUCGAUAAUGACAUUACUUAAUGUGGUCUGCCUGAUCCGUCGUCCCAUUAGCUGCCGGGCGGUGCCUCUUGAUCAACUGAGCUGCUCCUAUUCUCGGAGUUUGCACAGACGUACUUUGUAAAAUUUCACCAUAUUUGAAUUCUCCAAAACGAUGAAAAUACGGCGAAAGAACUGAAAUCUUUGGUUCAGUGAGAAUGUACGUAUAAUAAUAUUACACAGGUAUUGGAGCUCAGAAAUUAAUGUAUAAAUUCAAUAAACAUAGGUAAUGAAAAAGUGGA